UUUUUGCGGGGUCAGCUCUAGGUUGAUUUAACUCAAUGAGACGCAAGUACAAAGCUAUGCAACUACCUGCCUGAUUGAUUGUUUGCUACAUGCGUAUGCAAACACAAGGAAUUUUGUCAAGAGAAUAUGAGGAGGGGAUCAAUCCAUUUGGCUGGAAGAGAACAAGGAAGCAGAUGAAUCUGACAUGUCGACCUGCAUCGUCAGUGAGAGUAGCCAGUGAACCCGGUCGGGAUCGUGCUUUUUCUGAUGCGCCAAACAGCCUAAGGUCAAGGUUGACCGGGAUUAGAAAGCAUAGGGUGUCGAUUUCACGGAUUAAGAGUUCAAGGUUUGAUUCCAACGAGACGUACGAAUUCAAGAUUUAAAAUAGACUUUACUCUUUCCCAUGUGAGGCAUCUGUUACUCGGUGCGGCUGGAGUCGGGAUGGUUGCAAUUAGUGUCCACGUGUCGCGGGCUGGAUGUAUAUAGCAGAAAAUAAAGAGAAGAGAAUUAUUGACGGAGCGUGCGUGGUUCGCGCGCAGCCUCUGUCUGCAAAUGAGCAGCUAGCGCUUUCUCCUCCGCUCACCGCGCAUGCACGCACGCGGAGCAAGAAGAACGACGAAUCUCCGACUCGAUCGGCCAUUGACGCCCUCUUCCUCCUCCUUGACCCCGUCUCCAGUUUAUCUGCGCCACCCUCUCGCCCGUCUCCCUCCUUUGCCCGCCUCUCAUCCCGGCCGUCUCAAGCCAGAACGCAACGGCCGGCCGCGGGUCGGCAGCAGAGCAAACAUGAGCGGGGGAGGAGGGGGCGGCAACUCGAGGGAGCUCGACCAGACGCCGACAUGGGCCGUCGCCUCCGUCUGCGGCGUCAUCGUCCUCAUCUCCAUCCUCCUGGAGAUGGGCCUCCACAAAGUCGGAGAGUGGUUCGCGCACAGGAAGAAGAAGGCCAUGGUGGAAGCCCUUGAGAAGGUCAAGGCAGAGCUGAUGGUGCUGGGGUUCAUCUCGCUGCUGCUGGUGUUCGGGCAGAGCUACAUCAUAAAGAUCUGCAUCUCCGAGGCUGCCGCCGACACCAUGCUCCCAUGCCGCCUCAAGAAGGCCACCGUCGAGGUCGAGAUCGCCAAGGACGGCGGCCACGGCGCCCCCGCGGAGGAGCACGGCGCUAAGCAGCCGGAGGAGCAUUUCAGCCUCGGCACCAAUCCCUUCACCGCCACCUCCUUCAGCGUCCCCCACAGGAUGCUCAGUGAGGCCACCUCCUUCAGCGUCCCCCACAGGAUGCUUAGUGAGGCCACCUCCUUCAGCGUCCCCCACAGGAUGCUCAGUGAGGCCAACAUGAACAUCAAAUGCCCCCCGGGGAAGGUGUCCCUCAUAUCGAUAAACGCUCUGCACCAGCUGCACAUCUUCAUCUUCUUCCUGGCCGUGUUCCAUGUCUGCUACAGUGCCACCACCAUGGCACUCGGCAGAGCCAAGAUACGAGGAUGGAAAGAGUGGGAAAAAGAAGCAGUGGGCCAAGAUGAAGAAGUCACUAACGAUCCGUCGCAAUUCAGGUUUACGCACGAGACAUCGUUCGUCAGGCAGCACAUGAACGUCCUCAACAAGACCCCGGCCUCGUUUUACAUCAGCAACUUCUUCAGGCAGUUCUUCAGAUCGGUCCGGAGGGCCGACUACUGUGCGUUGCGCCACAGCUUCGUCAACGUUCAUUUGGCUCCUGGCAGCAAGUUUGAUUUCCAGAAGUACAUCAAGCGGUCUCUCGAGGACGAUUUCAAGGUCAUCGUCGGGAUCAGCCCUAUUCUGUGGGCGUCUGCACUCAUCUUCCUGCUCGUCAACAUCAACGGGAUGCACACCAUGCUCUGGAUAUCCAUCAUGCCGCUGGUGAUCAUCCUGUCGGUGGGCACGAAGCUGCAGGGGAUCAUCUGCCGGAUGGCGAUCGACAUCACGGAGCGGCACGCGGUGAUCCAGGGGAUCCCGCUGGUGCAGGUCAGCGACAGCUACUUCUGGUUCAGCCGCCCCACCUUCGUCCUCUUCCUCAUCCACUUCACGCUCUUCCAGAACGGCUUCCAGAUCAUCUACUUCCUCUGGAUCCUGUACGAGUACGGGAUGGACUCGUGCUUCAACGACUCCAAGAAGCUCGUCGUCGCGCGGCUAUGCCUCGGGGCAGUGGUGCAGGUGCUGUGCAGCUACGUGACGCUGCCGCUCUACGCGCUGGUGUCGCAGAUGGGGUCAACCAUGAAGCAGUCCAUCUUCGACGACCAGACCUCCAAGGCGCUCAAGAGCUGGCGCGCCGGCGUCAAGAAGAAGCCGGCGGCCCAGUCUUCCAAGCACGGCGGGUCGCCCUCGGGGAGCCCGCGCGCCGGCAGCCCCAAGGGCGCCCACGAAGGCAGCACCGGCAUCGCGCUCACGCAGAAGCAAGGCGGGGGCGACGACGGCGCGCCAUGAUAUCAUAUGUACGCGCCCGAGGAUCCAUGAUCCAUUCGAGCACGCUGUUUGAUUCUUUGUACCAGUACACGUAGCAGCAAGCAAACACGUCUAUACAUGUGUGUGAGUGUAUAUGUAUAUGCAUCUGUGCAUAGCUUACGUAGGACACGCAGGAAGGGAGGAGUUGCAUCUUUUUUCUUGUUAUUAUCACUUCUACAAUUUAAUUUAACUAGGGUGUUGUUGUAUUCAUGUCGACUAAUCAUUUGCUAACUCGAAAGGUGUAAUUGCAGUUCAAACAGAUAUGAAUGACGUUGUGUCAGGACU